UAGACUAUAUUAAAUUCCUUUUAUAUUACAAACUAAUUUGAAAUUUGCAAGAUGUACAUUAUAUUAUUAAUAAUUUAUUAUCAGAGAAUAGAUCUAUCUUUAUUAGUCGAUAAGUAAAUGGAUUAUUUACACAGAUACCGAGUCCGGACUUAAAAAAUAUGAAACGCCGAUAAUGUGGAAAUCUGUCUGAAUCGCAGUUUCGUAUACAAAGGGGCUAUUGUCACAUAGGCGGUGGAUUAGAUCAUUUAGGCAACUGUCAGUUUCUAAGAUUCAGUAUAUAAAGAUAGUUCUCUUGAUUUUUAAAUGUGAAUUAAUAAAGCAAUUUAUAUUUAGAUAUUAAGAACAUUUGUGAUAAAAUAAGUCAGAAUGGCUCACUGUUCUCAAACAUAUGGGUCCACGGAUCAACGGACAGAUGUACCUGAUGUAGGAUUUAGUCCUACUGAACUUUAUAGUCUCAGUGAAAAUAUUACUACUAACAUAUAUACAAUAAAUACAAGUUGGAAGACGCUUGAACGUGCAUAUAAAAAUAUUGGAACCAAUAAAGAUAAUCAGGGUCUAAGAGAUAAGGUGCAUGUCACACAGUUAAGCACAAAUCAAGUAGUAACCCAAACCAGCAAAGACAUUGCAAGACUGACAGUGCUAAUGAGGCGAGGUGAUAAACAACAGAAGUUGCAAAUUGAGAAACUUACCACUGAUUUCAAAGAUGCAUUGCAAAGAUACUCAGAUAUGCAGAAGUCAAUUGCUGAAAAAAUGAAGAGACAUAUUUUGCUUACAACUAGUAUAGAAAAUCCUAUGGAUCCCGAGGAAGAAGAACAACAACGUUUACUUCAAGCUCAGGAAGAUGAACACAAAGUGACACAAAGGAAUCUUGAGUUCCAACAGGACAUAUUGUUAGAGAGAGAAGACAGGAUAAAACGAAUUGAAGGUGAUAUUUUGGAUGUAAACCAAAUAAUACGCGAACUGGUAGCAUUGGUGCAUCAGCAAGGAGAUUCAAUCAACACGAUAGAGAAUCAAAUAGAAGAUGUCCACGUGAAUGUUGAACUGGGAGCACAAGAAUUAGUUAAGGGAAGUAAUUACCUAAGUAAAUAUCGACGGAAAGUUUUUGUCCUACUGUUACUCGUGCUUAUAGUUGUCGUUAUAUUAAUUAUUAUUCUAGUCACUAAAUUAAGUUAGCGCUCCUAAUCAUCGUAGAUACUGCGAACAAAUGAAAAAGGUUGUCUCAAUCUAUCUUAUUGAUCGUAGUACUAAUAUCGUGGAAAAAUAUAAUUUGCCAGUUUAUAUAUUGGAUAUGCAAUAUGGGGAGAGGAUAGACUUAUUUUAUAUUCAUUUGUAAAUUAAUUAAUAUAAUUCAAACGUAUUAUCCUUGUUUACUUUCCAACUUGUAAAACAUAUUAUAAUGUUCUUACCGCGUAACUUGUUUUUUAUUUUCCAUUUUAAGGCAAUUUCAAUUUAAUAACUCAGAUUGAAGCAAAGCAUAACAAAGAUAUUAAAUAUCCGCGUCAUUUUUUAUAAAAGGCUUUUAAUAAUAGCAGAAACAAACUUUUGAAUAUUGCAAAGUAACUAAUUUUUGUUGUAUCUGCAAGCUAUUGUCUAACGAAAACUUUGAUAAGUCAUUUUGUUAUUAAUUGUAUUAUAUAUUAUUUUUUCAAUAAAUUAUACAGCAUUAUAAAUGCAACCAGCAUCGAAGCAGAAUGUUAAUGUUAUAUUAUAGCUUCAAAUUUUAUAGCAAUAGAUACUGUUUGUUAAACAUUUAUAUUAAAACUAUGUACUCUACUGAUUGACUAUAUAUAACAUUUUGAUAUAUACUUAUCAUAAUUAAACAAUUACUUAAUGUAAGUAGUAAAAUUAUUCAUUAAUUUAUUUAUUAUGAUAAAUCUUUAAAAACCGUGUUAUUUAACGUUUUAUUAUAUUGAUAUUAGAAGUUCACAAAUGAAAGCAUAAAGUGAUUAAAAAAAGAUACAGAUUUAUCCUAGAAUUACGUGAAAUAAAUAACGUGGCACUACAUUGAUCAAUGUUGGAAGAUUUGUAUAGAUAGCAUUUGUUAAAUGAACUAUAUCUUGUUUUAACAUUUUUUAUAAUUGUGCGCUAUAAAUAUGUAAUUACUAUUCUAUACCCUGGUUUUUAUUUAAAAAUGUAACUUUAUAUUGCAUAUAUUUUACCGUUCAGAUAAAUGAUACAUACUGAUAGAUUCUGCUCAACUUUAUUAAUCAAUUGAAUGUAAUGAGAAGUGAUAAGUGGAAAUUAUGUUUUGUAAAAUAGAUAUUCUUUUACUAGCUUGUCAUUUACAUGUUAUCAUUUUGGAACAAUAAAUUCGUUUCGUAUUAUUGAAUAAUUAAUUAUGUGUUAUAAAAGUAAUAUAUAACAUGUUGUCUCCAUUCUUUAUUUUAGAAAUAUAAAUUUGCACAAACUGAAAAUGAAAUUUUGAUUAUAUAAUUAUGUCAUGAAUACUGUUACUUAUCACUUUUCAUCUUUUCAUCUAUGUUUAGUUAUGUAUAAAUUAAUACGAAUACAUGUAUUUAUAUGUAUGCGCACGCAGCUUUACUUUUACAGAUCAGUCACUUUAAACAGCUUUACAAUAUAAAAUAUGUAAUGUAUUGAGAAAAAACAAUAAUUUACAUUUUUCAUGUGUUUGAAACAUUUUACUAUUUUAUAUACAAACACAGGUACUAAGAAAAUAUUAAAAGAUACUUAUCGCAGUUUACGAUUUAUGUCACAUAAUAUAGGGAAUGCCUACUGAUGACUUCUUCAAAACUGUUUUCAAGCUUACAUUUUUACAAGAGACUAUAUAUCACUAUGUAGUUCUUAUUAACUACAUGAUAAUUUAUGUAAAUGAGAACUUUUAAGGACAUAUAAAAGAUAAAAACAUCAUAUUCUUAAUCUAAGCAUAAUUCAAUUGUAUAAAUUGUGAAUAUACUAUAAUUUUUUAUAAUCAUUCUUUAAUAGAAUUAUAAUAUUGUUUAUUAUGAAUUGUGCGUAUUUUUGCUGAAGGUUACAACAUUAAAAAAGGAAUACAGUACAGAUUAUCAUAAGAUUGAGACAGCCAUUUUCUAUAAAUCAAUUUGUCUCUUAUAUGAUUAUUAGGCAUUCCAGAAUUUAACAGUUCAGUGAUUACAUUAUCAUUAAGAUUAUAACUUGAAUAUUGUAUAUACAACUAACCACUAACAUUCAAAAUAAAUUGCAUUAUAUAUGAUACUAACAUUGUUACGUUGUUGACAUAUAUACAGAUGACAACAGUUUUGUUACAAUAAUGAACUCUAUGAUGUUUCACUGUAUUAAUUGUAAAUUGUGUUUUGUUCUUCUUUUUCUUUGUGAAAUGUACCGCAUUCUUUGUAACAUUUUAUUAAAAAAUACUAGCCUCAGUUGAAAUACAGAUAGCAUGAAAAGAGGGCAACAUUUUGCAUUAAUUUCUUGAUCUUUUACAUUUUUUUAUGAGUUGCUGCAAGUGUCAUUGUGAUACAAAUUAUAAAGUUUAUGUAAACAAGAUUGUGAUGAAAAAUAUAAACAGUUUUGUUAGGCUUCAAGAAGUGAAACAAUUAUCAUUUAAUGUUUUCAUUAUCACAAUAUUUAUAAUUUAUUGCAACCGAGAUGUACAAAUUAUGUUGUAUUAUUAAUACAUGAGAUAACAUUUGAA